AUGUCUGAAAUUUUGAAGAUUUUGGUGGAUCGCGGAUAUAAUGUGACAUUAGUAGCACCAGGAAAUUUUACUGCAAAAUCCCACUCUUAUCGCUCGAUCCCGCAGGUUAUUGUUGAUAAAAAAGCGAGCGGUGAACUUGCAAAUCAAGAUGUGAUGAAAAAAGUUUUCUUGGAAAAACUCAGUUUUA